AAUAUUGUUUGCUAAUUUUUUUUAUCGACUGAUAACGAUAUUUCAUUAUUGUAUAAUGUUGUAUCGUAAAUCAGUUUAUAAUAGACUUCUGUACAGUGCAGCAGUGUGUAAAAUGAAGUCAAUUGUAGCAGUGUGUUUGCUGGUGUGGGGAUGUCAAGGACAGAAUAACAAUAUCCAUAGCCCAAAUCAAUGGAUUGGAACCCUUUUAACUCCGACAAAUAAAGGACCCACGGAUUGUUACACUGAGAAUCAGGAAGUGGGAAAAUGUGUGAAAUCGUCGGAAUGUAUGGACAGCAUCGAAAUCGACUUGGAAAAGAUGGACGUUUUUAGCUUUAAUUUAAUUUCCAGUGAGUCCAGCUGCCACUACUUGAAGAUAUGCUGUCCAACCAGUCGAUUGAUUACGACAGCAACCGUGACUCCACCUCCACUGCUGCUAAAGAGGGCAGGAUGUGGAUGGAGCAACCCCGGCGUCUACUCAUUCCGCGACUCUUCAAACACGCACGCCAAGCUCGGAGAGUUUCCUUGGAUGGUUGCUUUGAUGAGGAAAUCCAGUCAGAACCAGGCUUGGGAUCCAAAGGAUUCCCUGGGAGGUGGAAGUCUGAUCCAUCAUUCCGUGGUGAUGACGGUCGCCCAUAAACUCAAUGCUAUCAAUAACGACCCAUCUUUGAUAAAAUGCCGUCUUGGCGAAUUGAAUAGGCAGAAUACGAACGAAAUUUAUCCCCACCAAGACAGAGAUGUCAGUAAAGUCCUUGUUCAUGAACAGUUCUCUUCGAAGUCCCUAGCAUACGACAUUGCCCUAGUAAUUACAUCGUCUCCAUUCGAUCUGAGCUAUCCCCAUGUGGGGAUAGCCUGUUUGAGUAUCAAAGCGCCUAAAACGGACGCUAGUUGUUUUAGCAUGGGGUGGGGUAAAGACUUAAAUAAUGCCAAUAACUAUGCCGUCUCGUUAAAGAAGGUUCCAUCACCAAUAGUUGACCAAUGGACUUGUGACUUGACCUUACGAUUGAUUGGAAGUAAGUUCAGCUUGGACAACUCGUUAAUAUGUGCUGGAGGAAGGAAUAACUUUGACACAUGCAUUGGUGAUGGAGGCUCGUCACUUGCUUGUCGCACUUCGAGCGAUGGCGCCCCACCUCGUUACACAUUGUACGGAAUGGUUUCACAUGGCGUCGAAUGUGGUUUAGAAGUACCCGCCCUAUACGUCAACGUACAGGCGAUGCUUCCAUGGAUCACUGAUAAAUUUAUUGACGAGAAACUUGACCUUACGUUCUUCGCUUAAAAAUGUAGUAGUUAAAUAUUUUCAAUGAGCCACGGUCUAUGCGCUAUUAUUAUUAUGUAGAUAAACACACAAUAUUCGACGCAUUUUAAACUGACUCGUCGGGCAAUAAAUGUCACUUACAUUAUGAAUGCGCACGCAAUGCAACCCGUUAUCGAUACUUCCCUUCUUUAGCUCUCUGACUCCGACUAAUGAGAAUUUUUGAAGAACUAAGAAAUAUCCCUAGAAUCAGUACGCGAUAAGAGACAUUCAUUAUAAGACACAAUCUCCGUUUAUUAAAUGUCAAAGUUAAAAUAUACCAAAAAAUUUACUUAAAUAUAAGUAGAAUUCCUGACUUACAGGCCGUGUGCGCCAUUAAUACUAACUUGGAUAGAAAGAAGCGAGACUUAUGUAACCCAACAUUAGUUAAGUUACAUAUAAAUAUUUUAGUUACUAAUUCAAAGCGUAAACAAAAUGUAAACAAUAAUCACACUUGAUAUGAGCCCUUAAUUUUUUACUACACUCAUAAAUUGUAUUUUAACAUUCUCGUUUCCGAUAAUGUCCAAUAACAUAAGUGUCAUUUAGAUGUAUGAAUCCUUAGAUAAGCCAAAUUUGUUUUUGUUAACCCCUUCUUUUUGUGUUAGUUAUAAGCUUAUGUUUUAAACCAUUAAAUUUAGUUUUUACCCUGCUUCAA